GCUUUUAAGUGAGAGGCAGGCAGUGGUUUGAUUUUAGUGCUUGUGUGCAGCAUAGAGCUAGAGGACACAUCAUGCCAGAGCCCAAGAAAACAGAGAAAAAAAAAGAAGCUCCUGCUCCUCAGCCUGCUCCUGAUGCAGCCAGUGAGCCUCGAGAUGAGCUACCAGAAGAUGAAACACCUGCUAGUGAUUUAGUGAUGACAGAGUUGACUGGUCUCUUUGUACAAAAACCAGAGUCCACACAUGGAGAAGUCGGAAGCGAUAUGACAUUUGUAGCUAAAGUUGAUUCUUCAGCUUUGGUGAAGAAGCCUGUCAUGAAAUGGUUGAAAGGAAAAUGGAUGGACCUGAGCAGCAAGGCAGGCAAACACUUCCAGUUUAAGGAAACCUAUGAUCGUAACACCAAGGUUUACACCUAUGAAAUGAAGAUCAUUAAACUUAAUGCUGGGGAUUCAGGCGGAUACAGAUGUGAAGUAACUUCAAAAGACAAAUGUGACAGUUGCACCUUUGACCUUAAUGUUGAGGCUCCUCAAGCUGACAGUAAAGCAAACAUUCUGGAGACAUUUAAAAGAUCGGGUGAAGCUGGAGAAGAUGCUGGUGAUCUGGAUUUUAGUGCCCUGUUAAAGAAGCGAGAGGUUAAGCAUGAGGAAUCUGUGAAAGAGGAUGUGGAUGUCUGGGAGAUUCUGAAGAGUGCCAAGCCAAGUGAAUAUGAAAAAAUUGCAUUCCAGUAUGGAAUCACUGACCUUCGUGGUAUGCUGAAGCGACUGAAGAAGAUGAAGGUGGAACCUAAAAAAAGCGAAGCCUUCACAAAGAAACUGGAUAGCGCCUACACAGUUGACAAGGGUCACAAAAUCAAGCUCUGUGUAGAGGUUUCAAAUCCAGAUGCAGUGAUAAAGUGGCUCAAGAAUGGGCAGGAGAUUAAACCAUCUGCCAAAUAUGUUUUUGAGCAAGUUGGUUUAAAGAAAAUGCUGACCAUAAACAAGUGCACACUGGCUGACGAUGCAGCGUAUGAGUGUGUGAUUGGGGAAGACAAAUGCUACACUGAAGUAUUUGUUAAAGAACCACCUGUGCUUAUCACACAGCUUCUAGAUGAUCAACAUGUUGUUGUGGGAGACCGAGUGGAAUUCGAAGUUGAGGUUUCUGAGGAAGGAGCCAAUGUGAAAUGGAUGAAGAAUGGAGUUGAACUGACUAGAGAAGAAACAUUUAAAUACCGUUUCAAAAAAGAUGGAAAGAAGCAUUGGCUCAUUAUUAAUGAAGCUACAAAAGAAGAUAUUGGAAUGUACCAAGUCUUCACCAAUGGCGGUGAAUCAAAAGCUGAACUUAUGGUAGAAGAUAAGGAACUAAAGGUGCUUCAGAGCAUUGCAGAUCUGACGGUUAAGGCAGCUGAACAGGCAAUGUUUAAAUGUGAGGUGUCUGAAGAAAAGGUGACGGGCAAGUGGUUCAAAGACGGUGUAGAGGUGAAAGCUGAUAAACGGUUCAAGAUGACUCAUAUUGGCAGGAUUCACAAGUUGAUAAUUGAUGAUGUGAAACCUGAGGAUGAGGGAGAUUACACCUUUGUUCCUGAUGGCUAUGCUCUGAGCCUAUCUGCACAUCUGAACUUUCUGGAGAUCAAGAUUGAUUAUGUGCCUCGUCAAGAUCCACCCAAGAUUCGCUUGGACACAACAGGAAAUGUGGUUUCUCAGAAUACCAUUAUUGUUGUGGCUGGAAAUAAAAUGCGACUUGAUGUGGAAAUCACAGGUGAACCAGCACCUACAGUCACAUGGAGUAAGGCGGACAAGGUUAUCACUGAUACAGAGGGCAGAGUUAGGAUUGAAAAUCGCAAGGACCUCAGCAGUUUUGUGAUUGAGGGAGCAGAACGAGAAGAUGAGGCCAAAUAUUCCAUUGUGGUAACAAAUCCUGCUGGUGAAGAUAAGGCUGUAUUGUUUGUCAAGAUUGUUGAUGUUCCUGAUCCACCAGAGUCUGUAAAGAUUACAGCUGUAGGAGAGGACUGGGCCACAGUUAUUUGGGAGCAUCCAAAAUAUGAUGGUGGUCAGCCAGUCACAGGAUACCUGAUGGAGCGCAGAAAGAAGGGAAGCUUGCGAUGGAUGAAAUUAAAUUUUGAAAUGCACAAGGAAACCACUUUUGAGGCUACCCGUAUGAUAGAAGGGGUACUGUAUGAAAUGAGGGUGUUUGCUGUCAAUGCUAUUGGUGUUUCGCAGCCCAGUCAAGUCUCCAAACCAUUUAUGCCAAUUGCACCCACAAGUGAACCUACCCAUUUGACUGUGGAAGAUGUCACUGACUCUUCCACCACCCUGAAGUGGCGUCCACCUGAUCGAAUUGGAGCUGGAGGAAUUGAUGGUUAUCUUAUUGAAUACUGUAAAGAGGGAGAUACUGAGUGGACAGCUGCAAAUAAAGAAUUGGUGGAAAGAACAGGCUUUACAGUGAAGGGGUUGCCGACAGGAGAACAAAUAAAUUUCCGUGUUCGAGCUGUCAAUAUUGCUGGAAUGAGUGUGCCAGCUCUAUUGGGACAGCCUGUUACUAUCCGAGAGAUUGUCCAAUACCCCAAAAUCCGUUUACCACGUCAGCUCAGAACAACAUACGUGAGGAAAGUAGGAGAAAAAAUUAAUCUUGUUAUUCCAUUCCAGGGAAAACCAAGACCUAAAGUGACCUGGUUGAAGGAUGGACAGCCACUGGAUGUCAAAAAGGUGGGGAUAAGGACAACUGAAGUGGACACAAUUCUGUUUAUUCGAUCUGCAGAGAGAGAUCAUUCGGGAAAAUAUGAGCUUUCUGUGCAAAUUGAGAACAUGGUGGAUAAAGCACUCCUUGACAUCCGCAUUGUUGAGAAGCCAGGCCCACCUAUAGGUGUCAAGAUCACAGAUGUAUGGGGCUUUAAUGCAGCGAUUGAGUGGAAACCCCCCAAAAAUGAUGGCAAUUCUGAAAUCACUGGCUACGCCAUCCAAAAAGCAGACAAAAAAACCAUGGAGUGGUUCACUGUUUAUGAUCACAACAGACGCACAAAUUGCACUGUUUCUGAUCUUAUUAUGGGAAAUGAGUAUUAUUUCCGGGUCUUCAGUGAGAAUGUUUGUGGACUAAGUGAAGAAGCUACCUGCACCAAAAAAACAGCAGUCAUUCAAAAAACAGGUCUGCAAUAUAAGCCCCAGGAAUACAAAGAAAAAGAUAUUAAAAUCUCCCCCAAAUUUACCCAGCCUCUUGUGGAUCGGUCUGUCAUCGCUGGAUACUCAGCAGCUCUGAGUUGCUCUGUGAAGGGAUACCCUAAGCCCAAGAUCAUUUGGAUGAAGAAUAGUAUGGAAAUCAGAGAAGAUCCUAAGUUCUUGAUGCAAAACAAUCAGGGUGUACUGACUCUUAACAUACGUAAACCAAGUCCUUACGAUGGAGGCAGAUACACUUGCAAGGCAGUGAAUGAUCUGGGAGAAGAUGAAGUUGAAUGCAAGCUAGAAGUGCGAGUACCACAGUAAUGUGUCCAGUUUACACUCCAGACAAGACUUAGAGUUAUUGUCUCCAAAAAUGAAGAUGCUUCCUUAAGCACCAAGAUGUGGGAAAGCAACUGAACAAACUUUGGGGUAGAUAGGAGAAUAUCUGAAACCAUUACUUCAAUAAAUUAUUUCCUGCAAUAAAAUGCAAAGUUGACCAUC